AUGUAUCAAUCAACUCAUUAUUUUUUAGUUUUAUUAAUCACGUUUGUAGCAUCAAGCAAGGCAGAAUCUGUUAAUAUAAAAGAUUAUUUUAAUCAAUCAAAAAUAAAACAAUGGUGGAUUGAAAAACAUUAUCCAGCAUCAACAACUAUUGUAAAUGAUCCAUCACAGAUAUCAUCAUCGGCGUCAUUUGAAUUCUGUGUACCUUUUCAUACUUGUUCUACAAACUUAAAUCGUACUAUAUUGGUGAAGCACGAACUUGACGUGGAAAAACUUAGACGAUUACAACAAUAUCAAUAUGUUGCUAGUUCUGUACGCAAUCAAGGCUUUCUUGUUUGA